AUGCGCGGAUAUCAAGUGGUCUAUAAAUUGGAAAAAAAAGGUUUUUUACUCUUACAACACAAUUCACCAACAAGGAAUCUGGAACAGGAAGAUUACUUCAUUGCAUUGCAUUUCUUUCACGAAUUCAGUCGCUGCCUUGCUCCAACACAGUUGCAGUUGCUCAUAUCUAUGCACCAACACACAUACAUCAAGUUUCCUAUAUCAUGACACAAAAGCAAGGUUAUUAGAUCCGGUUAACGUUUGUCUUACCUGGUUAGAAGUUCCUUAUUUUAUUGAUUUUUUAUGGAUGUUUUUUGCUUGUUCUCUUAUGGAUUUCUACUCUAACCUAACCCUCUUGCCCAUGUCUCUGUAUUUUAUUGAAGAGUGCAAGGAAUAUGUGGAUGAAAGUAGAAGCAGAUUAGGCACAUGAACUCAAUGACUUUUAAAACUUUGAAUUCUUUAUAAAUAUGUUUGUUUCUUCUUCGAUUCUGCUAUUUUUCAAGCAUUUAAACAAUUUUUGCAUUAUUUCUAUCUCCAUCUUUGUACAUGGGUUUAAUACAUGUAUCUAACAGGGCUCAUGUUUUUGUUUUUCAGAUUUAGCUGACUUCAUCACCUUCCGUUCUUGGACUUGAUUUUUUUUUUUUUUUUUUUUUGUAUAUUUUGUUUUCAUGUAUUAAUAAAAAGCUAUAUGUACAUGAAUAAAAAAGGAAUCUUCAACGUCUGGUCAUUGUUUGUUUUGGGGUAUGGGG